AGAAAACAAUUGUUUUGACUCAUAUGUUCAAAGAUGGUUAAAGUCCAUAUAAAAAGAAUUUUAAGUGUAGAAAAACAAAAUAAAUAAAAAUUGUUUUUAGAAGUUUAUAAAACGUGCCGCCAUCAUGAAUUUUGACGAUAUAAUUUACGUUUUGUGCUUGCUGUCUUGCGUUGGUGCUGGAAAGUACGUGAAAAAGAUUGAGGGUGAAAGUCAAAGGAAAUUGAUAUGUACAUUAUUUGGACUUGUCGUUGCUUUCUUUGUUUCCGGUUGGCAUAUUCUGCACUGCAUUAUUUCUGCCUUUCUAGGAGCGCUGGCUGUAGUUUAUGUGCAUCCCAGCAAAACGCAUUUGAUCACGUUUGUAAUUAUGUUUGCUUACCUAGCCUUUUUCCGUUUGGCGCAUGUCUUCGGCUUCACUAAUCCUCCUGGCCCUACGAAUAUGAUACAAAUGGUCUUGACUUUAAAGGUUUCUGGUGUGGCAUUUGAGAAGGCAUCCUCUUGGAAAAAGUUAAAACAGCGUGAACAAGAACUUAGCGGAAACAAACCCGCAGAGAAAGAACUUGUGGAAAUUUCCGACUAUGACGUAGAAUUGCAAUCAAUUGACAUAAUCGGAAUUUUUCAAUACAGUUUCAAUUAUAUUGGCGUACUCACAGGUCCUUAUUAUCGCUAUCGUACUUAUCGCGAUUAUUUUGAAACACCGUUUAAAGAUUACGCGCCUUGCGUUGAAACCACUGUAGAGAAUCUCAAAUUUGCUGCCAUAUACUCCGUGAUAUAUGCGACGGUUGAUUAUAUAUGGCCAUUAAGUUAUGCACUUUCACCGGAGUUCUACGAACGUUCAUUCAUUUACCGUUUUUGGUAUAUCUGGCCUGCUUUUCUUAUAUUUCGGAUGCGCAUAUAUGCUGGCUUAUGUUUAAGCGAAUGCGUUUGCAAUAUGGCCGGAUUUGGCGCUUACCCUGAAGAAUCUGACGCUACAAAUGGAGAAGGUCCCCGCAAGCAAUAUUUACAUUUAAAACGUGAUGCCGAUAAACGCUCGUAUAAUUUCAAUACAAUCGUUAAUAUACGUGUAAAGGAGGUAGAAAAGUGCUUCACCUUGCGCGAAGGGAUGAAACAUUGGAAUGUAUGUGUACAAUACUGGUUAGCAGUGAACAUAUAUAGACAGUUUCCUAGUAAAAAAUAUAGGACGGCCGUCACAUUACUUUGCUCGGCAUAUUGGCAUGGUUUUCGGCCUGGUCACUAUUUUUGCCUAUUAGGCGCCGCAUCUUACGUAACUGUCGAAGAUAUAUGGCAAAAAUUGGUAGCCAAAGAAGCUACCGGACUUAAACGACUUAUAAUUGAUUACAUGUUUUGGUUUGCAAAGUCUUGUAUUGGUUACAAUUAUCUGGGCACUGCUUUUGUGUUGGUGUCGUUCUCGAACAUUUGGAACUUCUAUAGCUCCAUAUACCACGUCGGUUACAUCGCGUGGUUUUUGAUGCUGGCAUCAGGUGUGGUAUUAACCAAACGAAAAACCACAAUAAGCGUAAAGAACAAAUAAACUGAAAUUUCGCAACAAGUAAAGUCCAAGGAAAAAAAAAAAA